UUUCGCUAUUCUUUUUAGUUACCGCAUUCAAUCGUAUCAGAAGCACGUGUGUAAGCACUGUCCAAAAAACACGAAUUUUCGCAAUAAAAUUGUUUAAAAUUUAAGUAAUCGAUUUCUAUUUGUGAAAAAUCAAUCGAAAAUGAAUCAAGAAAAAUUAAAAAAAUUACAAGCACAAGUGCGUAUCGGGGGUAAAGGUACACCUCGCCGAAAGAAGAAGGUUAUCCAUCAAACACCAGGAACUGAUGACAAAAAAUUGCAAUCAGUUUUAAAAAAAUUGGCUGUGAAUCAAAUUCCGGGCAUCGAAGAAGUAAAUAUGAUCAAAAAUGAUGGAACUGUAAUCCAUUUCAAUAAUCCAAAAGCUCAAGCAUCACUUGCUGCAAACACAUUCGCCAUCACAGGACAUAGCGAACAAAAAGAGAUCGCUGAAAUGUUGCCAAGCAUUUUAACACAAUUGGGACCAGACGGUUUGAAGCAUCUUAAGCGUUUAGCCAGUGAUGUUGUCGCUAAUAAAUUGUCAGCUGGAGCUGCUGCUGAUGAUGAUGUUCCUGAUCUAGUUGAAAACUUCGAAGAUGCCGCAAACAAAGAUAUCGAAAACAUAACAAAACAAACUGAAGAAGUCACCGUUGCAUAAAUUCGGACUACAACUAUCAACAUACAACAAAUUAUACUUGAAAUAAGAAAACUAAAUAUUUUCCACGUCAAUUUAUUAUGAUUUAUUCUACAUAUUUCGUUUCAAAACUCCAAAUUCUAUCACAUUCGAUACAAUACUUGAAUUGAAAAGAGAACCAACAAAAAAUAAAAUAAAACCAAUAUUGUGUGUAUGGAAAGUUUACACAGAUGAAUGCGUAUGUAAAUUUCGAAAUGCAAACCAA